AUGGCUGCUUCCACCAUGGCUCUCUCCUCUCCUUUCGCAGGCCAAGCAGUCAAAACAACUCCCUCAAGUUCUGAGCUUUUCGGAAAUGGACGGGUUUCCAUGAGGAAAACUGCAGCUGCCAAGAAGGUUGCGCCAUCAGGAAGUCCAUGGUACGGCCCUGACCGUGUCAAGUACCUAGGCCCAUUCUCCGGCGAGGCUCCAUCAUACCUGACCGGUGAAUUCCCAGGUGACUACGGCUGGGACACCGCCGGACUUUCUGCUGAUCCAUAG